AUGUACAAUUUUGGAGGUCCACCAAUGGCAUCAACUUCCGAAAACGUCACGCCUUUUGCCAUCGAUGGGCUUUUGGACGUGAGCAAUCCCGCCGUUCAGCAGCCUUCCGGCCCCAUUGUGGUCCGUUUGCGCGUUCCGGAAGUUUGGAACAACUUAGGAUCCGUCGUAAUCGAGAUGAAAGUGACUAACGGUGGCCGAGAGUUGAAUCCAAAGUUGGAGUACACGGUCGAAGGACUGGAUCCGAACAAGAUAUACUCGAUGCACGUGCACUUUGAGCGAAUGAACCGCGCCCGGCUGUCCUACUGGGAGGGUGUCUGGAACGAGAGUUAUCGUGAUCUGAUGACCGUUCCGGAGAGGACCAAUGUCAUUUCGCUGGGAACAGAGCCCGGUGCGUACUGGUUGCUGUACGGUAUCAACGGGAUCGAGCUCAAAAUGUUCAACCCGCCGAAACGGAGCGAGCCGUCAAGGCAAGUACUAGAAGAAGAUGCUGCCAGGGUUUUGAGGAACGAACAAUCCAUGGUGAGCUUUGUUUCGGUUAAUUUAAAGGUGGUGUCCAACGUGACAUACAACAUAUUUUUAAAAUUAGCUUCGAAGUAGGGCAUUCACUUUCCCAAAGUCCCGAAUUACGAAAAAAAAAUUCCUCGAUUUUAAAGAUUUUUUUCGAAAAAGUUAAUGGUACCGAGAGAAGUACACGGCGAAAUGGAAGAGCUGGCCUAGAUUUUUCCAGUCCCCGGAUGGAAUUCCCCUUUCUUCCGAUUUUUUCCGUUUUCGUGCAAAUUUCUUAAAUUUUCAAUCGUUUUCUCACUGAACACACUCAUUUGCAAUAUUUUUUAAAAAAUUUAUGUUUUUUCCUGUGCCGUGACGCCAAAAAAUCGAUAAUCUGAAACUUUUUUUUUGUUGUUUUUCGGGGUUUUUCUCGCUCAAUCUUCGGUUUGCGCGUUGAAAAGUGAAUAGAAAGAGAUCGCUCAAUCAUUUCCUGAGUCUUAAUUAAAGUUUGCGAGUUACAGAAAGUUCUAUAUUUCAAAGUAAUGCGAAAAAUCCAAAACUUCCUAUUUUCGGUUUUACAAAAAAUGGCUGAUUUUUUCUGAAUUUCUGAAUUUUGCUGAAUUUUGAAAGUUUCAGAUUAUCGAUUUUUUUGGCGUCACGGCACAGAAAAAAACAUAAAUUUUUUUAAAUAUUGCAAAUAAGUGUGUUCAGUGCAAAAACAAUUGAAAAUUUAAGAAAUUUGCACGAAAACUGAAAAAAAUCGGAAGAAAGAGGAAUUCCAUCCGGGGACUAGAAAAAUCUAGGCCAGCUCUUCCAUUUCGCCGUGUACUUCUCUCGGUAACAUUAACUUUUUUGAAAAAAUCUUUAAAAUCGAGGCAUUUUUUUUUCGUAAUUCGGGACUUUGGGAAAGUGAAUGCCCCCCACUUCGAAGUUUAUUUUAAAAAUAUGUUGUAUGUCUGUCACGUUGGACACGACUUUUAAAGAGUUAGAAGUGAGCAUAAAAUGUUUCAGAUAAAUGUGACAACCAGGUGUCGAUACGUUCCGGUCCUCGAGAUCUACGAGUUUGUUGGCGCACACAAUUUCCUUUGCCACACUGCCAUAUUCGACGAGACCAAGUUUGUGGCCGUGUCGGAAUAUAAGGUAUUUAUCACAUUCGAAAGAAGAAGAAGAGGAUCUUAACAGCAUUUUUGCAGAACAGGAAUAUGAGCAGGAUGAUAAGAGACCUGUACGAUUCAACGGACACAAGCGGAUGGCGCCCGGCGCCAAGAAGGAGAAGGCCUCGGAAUCGGGAGGAAGUUCCCCGGAGGAUGUGA